UUCUGCAGCUACGAUAUUGGUCAUGAUGGUUAUUUAGAUUUGACCGAAUUAAAAUAUAUGAUGGAAAAAUUGGGCGCACCUCAAACCCAUUUGGGUCUUAAGGACAUGAUCAAAGAAGUCGAUGAGGAUAAUGAUGGUAAAAUCUCUUUCAGAGAAUUUUUAUUAAUCUAUCGCAAAGCACAAGCCGGUGAAUUAGACUCUGACUCUGGCCUUAACGCCUUGGCCCGCCUAACCGAAAUCAGUGUAGAAGAAGUGGGCGUAAGUGGUGCCAAAAGUUUCUUCGAAGCGAAAAUCGAACAACAAUUAAGAACUAAUAAAUUUCAUGAUGAAAUUCGACAAGAACAAGAGGAAAGGCGUCGCCAGGAUGAGGAAAAAGCAAAUCGGCGUUUAUUGUUUCAACAGAGAGCUGCCAUUUUUCAAUAAAUUUCCUUAUUUAAACUGGGGUCUUCCUUUAAUAGACAAACAAAUUUUUUUUGCUUAAAGAAAUAUGACCCAAAAACAUAUUAAGCUUUAAAGUCGACAUAACUAUUUUAAUAUUUAGUUUAUUGUAUUUUUUUAUUAAUUAAUAAUAUUAUAAUUUUAUGUUUUAAACUAUUAAGUAAGAAAUCUUAAAAAAGUGGUAUUUAAAAGAAAAUAGUUUAAAAACUAAG